UCUCAUUCCAUGUUGCUACUUUCUGCAUCCAUUUGGGAUUCGCGACCACGCGUCCCCAUAGGCGCCAGCGCCCCUGCACUUGCAGAGGAUUUAUCCUUCCGAGGAGAGAGAGAGAGAGAGAGAGAGAGAGAGAGAGAGGUGCAUGGUUUGUGGCGCCAAGAAGCCCGUUAAAUAUGGACAUCCUGGAUCACUCGGACGAUGAGGAGGAGCAAAGCCGAUACGCCACCACCACCAGCAGGCCAGGAUCAAGGUUCGGCGCGCGGCGGCUGAAGCAGAGGUCCGGCAGCCGUCAGCGCCUGCUGCUCAUGGACUGCGUUGGCAGCAACGGCAACGGCAACGGCGACGGCGCGUCAGAGGAGACCGUGCCGCUGCCGGAAUACGAGCGUCUGUCCCAGUCCGCACGUCUCCCAGAUGACCUCGACCCCAACACCAAGAACCUGCCUCCGCUGCCAGAGCAGCAGCAGAAGCCGGCCAAGCAGGGAGCGUCCCCGCCGCAGCCUCCGCCGCCGCCGCCGCCGCCAACGCAGCAGCAGAAGCCGGCGGCGUGGAGGCUGAUCGAGUACGUGCGGUCCAGGCACAGGUCGGCCGGCGCCGGGGCGGCCGCUGGGUGCGGCGCCGGGUCGGACGGCGACUCCAAGAGCUCCGACGGGGAGAAGGAGGGCAGCGAGGACGGUGGCGAGGAGGGGAAGGACAAGAAGAAGAAGAAGAAGCGGUCUUCGUGGCUGCCGGACCCCGAUCGCCGGUGGCCGGUGCAGGGCUUCUACUAGCGCGCUCUUUGCACACGCCAAGGCUCUUCUAUCCGCAUCUCGUCGUCGGUAAAAGUCAUGACGCGUCCGUGUCUUGGUUUCCAUUUUUCUUCUUCGCUUGUCCUUUCUUUUUCGUUGUGGAUUUGUAACGUCAUUGCAUGGGGAGGACGACGGGGAUAAACUUGGCGUUCUUUUGACAUUUGUAUUUCGGGUCAUGUUGACCUUGGGAAGCUUUCGUUUGAGCGGCAAUAAUGUAAAAGUGAUCUAGAAGUGCAUGCUGUCAAUUGUCAAAUGCA